AUGGUUAGGGCACCAGUGGACCGCAGUGAUGGGCAGAUUUCAAGAGCUGAUAUUAAGGAUAGAGCUGUGCUGAAGCCUGGACGAGAGUUAUAUGAGAUGGAGCAGCUGCGUAAGAUAAAUCCCCCAGAGUUUUCUGGAGAGGGGGAGGGUUUGGAAGCUGGGGAGUGGUUGUGUCAGAUGAGCAGACGAUUGGAGACUUUGCGGUUCGUGCCACGAUCUUUCCAAGUGGAUAAGGCCAAACAGUAUCUUGAUUUGGUGCAGACACCUGAGAUGACAGUGUCACAGUAUACCAAGAAGUAUGAGGAGUUCUAUAAAUAUGGGAAGAAGUAUGCUCCAGAUGAUGAAAGCAAAACUGAGAAAUAUCGAGAUGGUCUACUUCUGAGCAUUGGCAGGAUGGUGAUUGCUUCUAGGGUGAGGACUUAUGAUGAGACGGUGGAUAUGGCGCUAGAGUUAGAGCGAGGAGAGCGCAGCUCCCGCCAGUAUUGGGACGUGCAGAAAGGUCAUAAAGCUUCAACAAUUAGUGGUAGUAGAGGAGGUAGUCUGAAGAAACCGAAGACUGAGUUUCAGGGCUUGAGGGGCCAGAAGAUUGAUCAAGGCAAAUGUUCGGGGCCAAGAGAUGGCAAGAUAGUGUGUUUCAAGUGUGGUUGGGAGGGCCAUAAGAAGAAUCAGUGCACCAUUAUGGGAGUAAAGUGUUAUGGGUGUGGUAUGGUUGGUCAUAGGAAGCAUGAGUAUCCACGAGGUGGCAGAGCUCCAGAGCAGUCACAGGCAUGGGUCUACCACCACCAGUUCCUACUCCAGCUCUUCUUUUUACUAUUCCGUCAUGAGGAAAGGGGCGAGGUGGGGCUAAACAGCAGACAACAUUGA